UAGCACGAUCCAAAGGUAUUAAUUGAAAAAAUAAAAGCUACUAGACUUUACUAAUUUUGAUCACAAUUCUAGGCUCCUACCAUACCUGUGCCCACGGCAACCUAACAAACAGCUACGCGGCUAUAACCCUAUAUCGCCUUUGGGCUUUUAUAUUAAACAGCCAUUUUCAGUUUUUCACAAUCUUUUCAUUCAUUUCAUAUUUCUUCGCCACUAUUUGCUCUCCACCAUAUCAUUUCCACUCUCCCUCUUCGCCUCCUCCUCCUCCUCCUCCUCAUCCGCCACCACAUUCCAUCCUCCUUCCCCAUUUCCUGAACUUUUCCUCCCCUUAUAUCUUCCCCUUAAUUUUCCUCAUUUGAUCGGCCUCCCUUCACUAGCCCAUUUCAAUUUUACUUCCACAUUCAUUGAUUUCUUAUCUUAUCUUUAAAUACAGACGCAAAAUAUAAAAGAAAACCGGCCCCCUUUUCUCCUUAUAGACAUUGCAAAGUCUUCUUCAGCUUAUCUUCUUCUGACAUCUUGACUGAUCCAUGGACUCUGAGCAGUUCUUCAGUGAUUCGAGCAUUAGUUUCGAAUUUGAAGAAGAUGAAUCAGUUAAGCAGAAAUCAAAUUCAGUUCCAGCUCCGACUGUUGCCUCCGAGAAUCUAAAUGGAGGUUUUGAUUGCAACAUUUGUCUGGACUCAGCACAUGACCCUGUGGUCACCCUUUGUGGUCAUCUUUAUUGUUGGCCUUGUAUUUACAAAUGGCUCCAUGUUCAGAGCUCCUCCCUCGACUCUGAAGAACGGCCAAAAUGUCCAGUCUGUAAGACUGACAUUUCAAACUCCCUAUUGGUUCCUCUCUAUGGACGUGGAACAUCGUCACCAGAAUCUGAAGCGAGGAAGUGCCAACUGGAUUUGGCCAUACCACAGAGGCCCUCUGCUAUUGGAAUCAAUGCUCUACCCAGUAAUGCAUCAUCAAUAGGGUCUCAUUCACACCAACAACUUCAUGCCAAUCUGUUCCAAUCCCAGCCGGAUUCUUUUCAACAACCGCAGUACUUUCAGCCACAGUUGCAGCCUUUCCAUCACCAGCCAUAUUUCCCCCAUGCUUUUGGUGGUUAUGCAUCCAUGGGACCAUCUGGAUUUGGAAAUACAGCAAUGACCAGUUAUUACAGUCCAACUAUCGUGAUGUUUGGGGAAAUGGUUUUUCCAGGGAUGUUUGCCAGCUCAGGCACAAGUUUGUUUUCCUCUAGCCAUCCUGCUACUGUAAAUGGUAGCCCUAGGAGGAUGAGAAGGCAGGAGCUGCAGGUGGAAAAGUCUAUGCGGAAUUUACUCUCCUUCCUUGUCUGCUGCUUUGUGCUAUGCCUUCUACUUUUCUGAUGUAAGUUUUGUUUGUGUAAUUGUACAAAUUGUGAGACUGUCCUUAUAAAAACAGUCACAGAGAUUAGAUACAUGUAGCAAUUUAGAGGUUUUAGCUGGAUAUGAAAACCUGGCGGACGACAUUUGUCUCCUGUACAUGAUAUAUCUUCUAGUAUUGUUACUUAGAAACUUAUAUCAAGCUGAGAUUGAACUGCUGUUGAAGAAAAAAGGGUGUCAUCCCGGUUUACUCACCCUUCUUGUAGUGAUGUGAGAAGUUUCUCUUAGUGGCUCUCGUAUCUUGUUUUAGCUGUUAUCCUGUGGCUGAGUUGGAUACCUUAUCAUUUGAACUUUGAAGUGGAAAAGAUGAAGGGGGGUUCGCAUCUUCCACAUCAACAUUAUUGUGACUGAUGAACAAGGCAGGAAUGUUUAUGAAGAUUUGAGUGGGCCUGUUUAACUUCAUAUACGCAACUAGUUGAAGGAUACUGUUAGAAACUGAGUUUGCAAUUCAUUGCGAGCCCAAAUAAUGCUAAAGUUGAACCUGAUGCUAGUUGUUUUAUAGCAGAGUGACAGGUUCUUGCAGAUUGAAACAUUUGAAAACCACUAUGCCCUGUCAGUCUUUGAAUUUGAAUGAAUAAGAGAUUAAUUAGUGA